UAUACAUCACGUCGCUAAAUACACAGCAGCUCAAUCCACAGCAGCUGCCGUCUGGCCAGCUCGGAAGCUGUUCUUAAAUCAGACUUUGCGAGGGACGCAUAGCCUACAUUUGAAUUUUGCUGGAGUGCAUCAUGCGGCGCCCGGCUACCUCGUUUCCUGCUCGAGCUGUUGUGAGGUCAACGCUGGCCAUGUGGUGCUGUGUGCUGUCGCAAUUUGCCCUCACCAGCACACAGAUCAGCCGAUCAUGGAGAGGAAAUAUGGUACUGCAAUCUGGAACGCUCACGAGGCGCUGCAGGAGUUUCUGGGCGUUUGCGAGCGCAAGCCGGCUCAGCUGCAGUCCGCCUCGCGGGAAGCAUGCGCUGCCUUGCUGCGCUUGUGCGCUAUCACAGGCGAGCCAAGCGGCGCUGUCGCCGCCAGCGCUGGCAGCAGCGGCUUGCCUCUCCCGGAGGAGGGCCUCCAGUGCAUCCUGGAGGUCAUCAUCAAACCAGCAGCCGCGCGCGUUCUGGACCCAACACUGCCAGGUGCAGCGGCGGCAGCCGGCACAGCAGACACACGCCGCCGCGCCGCCGCCGUCACGGAGGUGCAGCUGGCCUUUGUGGAGCUGGUGCGCUGGCUGCACCGCUCCUCCCGCGCGCUGGCGGGGCACGACGCCGUCAUGGGCAAGACCAUGGCCAUCAUAGCUCAGCUGGUGGAGUACCCCUACUGGUACGGCCUGCUGGACAAGUCGAACAAGGAGGACUAUGAGGCGCGCAAGGCAGCGAAGAAGGAGCUCACCAAGCGGCUGGCGGUGCCACCGCCGGAUAAGCACCCUCUGGCGCGCAAGCACAAAACGCUCGUACCCGCCGCCAGCGCCGAGGGCACAGCAGGAGCCGCAGCUGGCAGCAGCAGCAGCAGCAACAGGAGCAGCGGGCCAGUCCACUUCUUCCCGCACCUCAUGGGCAAUUUGAUGGCGGUGCCGCGACAGCGCCCGGAGAGUCGCGCCGCCGCUGCCUGGCUGGCUGUUGAGCUGCUGCACUGCGCUGACCCCAAAGUCCAGGCCGCGCUGGCACCACCACCGCCUUCGCUUUCACCUUCCCCCGCAUCGGCAUUGGCGCCGCCGCCGCCCAGCCUGGGUGACCUGGACUGCUGGGCGCCGAUGUGGCGGAUGUGGCUCGACCCACAUGUGGCCGUGGCUGUGGGCGCCGGUAGCUUCCCGUUGCCGGCCGACCCAGAUGGACUACUGUACGGAGGCGAGGUAUUGCUGCCGAUGAGCGUGUCGGCAAAGCAGGAGGUCACAGUGACGUGGUCGGACGGCACAGAGACGCGCCAGCCAGCAGGGGCCGGCAGGCGCUUGGCGCGCGACGCCCAGGGGCUCGCCUGCUGGGGGGCGCUGGUGCAGGCGGCGCUGGGCGCGGUGCUGCAGGCCUCGCAACCAGCAGGCGCAGGCGCAGGCGCAGAGGGCAUUGCAGAGGCGCCCAUCCUGCGGAGCCUGGCGGCAGAGCUCGCCGCGCUGCCAACACCGCCGACCCAGAUCGGCGACAGUACGGCUGCUGCGGCGACAGGCAGUGACUCUGGUAGCCUGGAGAAGCCGGAGCAAGCGCAGCCUGCAGCCUUGGCCCGGGUUCGCCGGGAGCAUGUGCUCUCAGCCCUGGUCUCCUGCCUGCUGCCAUUCCUGAUGGGACAGCGCCCGGCCGUAGCUGCGCAUGUGCUGACGGGGUUGCUGCCCGCAGCCGCGCCGUGGCUUGCGGGGGAGGUGGCGACCCUUUAUGGGGAGAUAACCGAGGCAGCAGCGGCGCGGGUCUGUGGCCUAUCCGGCGCCAGCGUGCCAAUGCCAACGGUGCUGCUUCGCGCUCCAGCCGUUAUGCCAGAGGUAUCCGCGAUGAUGGAGCUGUGGGCGGCGCAGGGCGCCCCGUUCCACGACCAGUGGGUGCCGCGACUUCUUACUGCUCUUCUGGGGCCUUUGGCAACAGCGGAUGCGCAGCAGCACAGCGCAGCGACAGCCCCGGCGCCAGCCGCGCAUUCCAGCGUGUACGCGCUUCCGCUGCUGCUGCGGUCCGCGCUGCUGAGCCCCGCCAUUGCCCUGGGCUGCCUGACGGUGGAGGCUCUGGACAAGCUGGCGCGGCUCUGCAGCACCUGGUCCCCAUCUGCCUCAACAGCUGCUGCGGCCAUACCUGCAGCAGCCGCAGAGGAUGUUUGCCCCGCCGCCAUGCUGACGGAGCUGCUGUGUGCCAUCGCCGCCACCGCCGCGUCUGAUUCCGGCCCGCCGGUUCCCAAGGAGCACCGAGCCAAGGCCGUGGCAAUCCUGCUGCACGCGGUGUGCGCUACCGCCUCGGACCCAGCCGCCAGCAGCUCCGCUGCCGCGGGUGGCACCAACGCGGGCGCUGCGGGCAAGCAACAGUUGCUGGCGGCGGCGCUGGUCCAGGCGACGGCCGACAGGAGCGCAGUGGAGGAGUGGCAAGGCAGCCUACUGGCCCCCACCGCAUCUGGCCAGCAGUCCAGCGCUAGUGCAGCCACCGCCGCAGAAGAGGUGGCGGCUGUGCUGGCGACUGCGGCCGCUGCCGCGCUGGCGCCCGGCAGCUUUGGGGCCUCCAGCAUACACGGAGCCGCUGCCGCCGCAGCCGUGACCGGCGAGACCGCGACGCUGUUGUUACGUGCGUCGCGGGCACUGGCGGCGGGGCCCCUGGCGCUGUCUCUGCGCCGCGCCCUGGUCGCCUACAACCAGGCCGUGGCGCUGUCCUCCGUCCAGCACCUGCUGAAAGCUGCAAUUAUGGACCGCGCUAGCAUCAGUGCCGCUGCGGUGUCCGACCUCAUUGUGCCGCUCAUGAUGCAGCUGUGCGGCGCCGCCACGUUGCUUCCCUCCGCGGCCGUGGCGGCCUCGCCGCAUGUGCUGCUACCUCCUACAGUCCGGACGGCCGUGUUGCGCCUUCUCGCCCCCGAGCAGCUGCCGGCGGUGGUGGCGGCAGGCGCGUCGCUGGGUGGCGUGGAGCUGGAAGGCUGGGUAGCGGCAGUGCUGGCGUCUGCCUUGCCUGCCGCCGUCGACAACGGCGAGCGGUCACACCUGCCCGUGGGAAUGGCGGCAGCUGACUUCUUUGAUGCUGUAAUCCGCGGCUGCAGUGGCGAGCCAGGUGCUGGCGGGCUGGCCGGCACACGGGUGCCUGCCCAAGGUGCCGCGCCGCAUCUGGCGGCGAUGGCGCGUGUACUCUCGCACUGCCCCAGCCCCUGGAGCCCCUCCACCGGCUCACAAGCAUCGGCUGAUGCUGAUCAACACUUACCAGCAGAUACCAACAGCAACGGUGCCGGCAGCAGCUCUCGGUGGAGGUGCCUGGACAGCAGCCUGCCGGCGCUGGUGCGGCUGCGUGCCACGUCGACGUCACGGGACGUCCAGCGCAGCUGCUGUGAGCUGCUAGUGGUGCUGCUGCAGCUGGGCGAGAGCGAUCGGCAAGCGCUGAUGCGCCCGUGGAGCAGCGGAUGGAUGGCGCCCACAGCCGCUACUGCAGCCGGAGCGAAGUGCGCCCCCAGCAGUGGUGCGAACAGCGCAGCAGCCGGCGGCAGCUCUGCUCCCUUCCUGUGUGCCGAGAUUGGCCAGCGCAACCGUCAACUGCCCCCGGAGGUCCGCAGUGAGGAUUUCGAUCUGGCUCUCGCCACGCUUCAGGCGCAGAUGCUACAGCCGUCGGCCACGGCGCCAGCAACCGCUGCCCAGCAGGGAGGUACCGCAUCGUCGGCACGUGUGCCGUCCGACCUAACUCUCACGCCCACCACCCAGCGCAAUGUGCAGCUCAUCCGCGAGGCCGCGGAGUCGGGCGUUCCUCUGCUGCUGAGCGGCGACACGGGCGUGGGCAAGACCGCCACCGUGGCGCACGUGGCUGCCAGCCUGGGCCGCAAGCUGGUGCGCUUCAACCUCAGCUCCAAGGUGACGACGCAGGACCUGAUUGCACGGCCGCUGCUCAAGGCCAAGGCCAUUAACGGCAGCGUGCAGGGCGGCGGCCAGGAGGAGGAGCUGGUGAUGGAGCUGCAGCCCUUCGCCGCCGCCUUCAGCCAGGGCCACUGGCUGCUGCUAGACGAAGUUAACCUGGCGCCUGACCAAGUGCUGGCGGCGCUGGAGCUUCCGCUGGACCGCGGCGUGAUGGAGGUGGGCAGCGCCUCCGCGGGCGAGGCGGCGCAGGCGGGGGCCGACGCCACCAUCGUGCUCCGCCGCCACCCCGACUUCCGCCUCUUCGCGACACAGAAUCCAGGCGCAGGGCUGUUCAAGGACAAGCGCGAGCAGCUGUCGAGCUCCUUCCUGGGCCGCUUCCAGCCCGUCACGUUUCAGGCUUUGCCCGACGAGGAGUGGCAGACGGUGGUGAGCGCCCGCCUGCAGGCUGCGGGCGUGGCACCCGGCCUGAGUGAGGCGUGUGCGGGGGAGAUGGUCAAGGUGCACAACGCCCUGGCGGAGCUGCACCAGGGUGCCAGCGCCUUCGCCAAGACCACCAUCCGCGAGCUGCUGAGGUGGACGGACGCGGUCGCGCCGCGCCUGGCCACUGCCCCCGCUCCUGGCGGCGCAGCGCUGGCGCAGCUGCUCAGUGAGGCAGCAUACGUGGUCUACGUCUCACGUCUGCGCAGCGACGAGGCGCAGGCGGCGCUGGUGCGGGCGCUGCCGGACGCCGACCACGUCAGCCAGCUGUUCAUGUCGGGCUCGGGUCACGGCCUGGAGGUCAUCCUGCACGCGCUGUUCGGCAACAGCUGCACCAGCACCAGCAACCCCCAGCACGGCGCCAGCGAGGCCCAGCCGUCGGAGGAGGAGCGCGCGGCGCUGCUCAGCGCUGCGGCCAGCGCUCGGGAAGCGGCUGCGGCGCGGAUUGCAGCUGCAGGUGCGGCUGCGGAUGGCAACUUGCCCAGCCAGAACCAGCAAGCAGGACUGGUGGAGGCGUUGGCGCUGCUGGGGCAGGAGGUUGUGAUGGAGGGCGCACUGGUCGCGCACGUGACUGCGCGCACUCUUAUGCGAAAACCAGCCUUCCUGCGUGCAUACGGCGCGUACCGUGCCCCUGGCCGCCCACUGUGGCAGCAAUGGGUGGAGGAGGGAACGGCCGCGGCCGCCGCCAGAGCUGGAGCCCUCGCCCGUUCCAGCGGCGCCGACUGCGGCAUCAACCAGGCCGCAGUCCUCGCCAGCUUCUUUGACGCGGGGCUAAAGCUGUAUGCGCGGCAGCUCCGCGGCAAGACGGCGCGGCAGGAGCUUGUUUCGGUGUUCAGUGACGCGCUCGUGUCUGCCUGCAGCGCCGCCUGCCCCCUGGAUGUGGCCGAGUCGGGCGUCCCGCCGCUCAGCAUCGAGGCGCUGGCGGCCGAGCCCGGCGCGCAGAAGCCCUUCGCUAUCACGGCGCGUGUGCUGCGGAACUGGUCGCUCAUGCUGCCGGCCUUCGCAGCUGCCGAGCCGCUGCUGGUGACCGGCGCUGACGGUUGCGGCAAGAGUAGCUGCCUGCGGGCGCUGGCGCACCUCACCACGGCACUUCAGUACAUCAACCUUACCCCGGAGUCGGAGCCGAGCGAGCUCAUCGGCCAGUACCUGCCGGUAGAUGGAGCCGCAGCCAGCACUGCCGCUGCAGAUGACAACGGCGGCGGCAGCAUCCGCUGGUUCGACGGCGCCGCCACCCGCGCCUGCCGUGACGGCUGCUCGCUGUUGGUGGACAACCUGGGCGCGGCGGAGGCGACCGUACUCGAGCGCCUGAACCCGCUGCUGGAGCGGCCUCCGGUGCUGGUCCUCACCGAGCGCGGCGACGCCGAGCUGCUGGCUGUGCAGCCUGGCUUCCGCUUCAUGGCCACACUGACGCCGCCGCCGCAGCGGCACGGCGGUGCCACCGGUGUGGCCGGCGCGGGCGAGGAGCUGUCGCCGGCGCUGGUGAACCGGCUGUCGGUGGUGCACCUGCCGGACGUGAUGGACGCGUUCGAGCCGCACUUUGCGGCAGAGGUGCAGCAGAUCUGCGCGGUGCUGUGCGGCGGCAGCGACGGCGUGCGCUGGAGUGCGGACGGACCGCAGGCAGAUGCGGCGCUGGGCGCUGAGCUAUGCGUGCUGCUUCGUCGCCAGCUGCGCGGCGGCCAGGCGUCCUCGCUUGCGGCUGCGUUGGGCCCUGCGACACUGACCCUGGGCGUGCUAGUACGGCUAAUGGACCUGGCGUAUGCCUUGACCCUGCGGCACCGCGUGUGCUUCGCCCAGGCCCUGUGGCUGGCCUACUCCGCCACUCUAGGCGGGUCCGUGCUCUCCAACAAUGCCGGCAGCAUCUCAGCAAGCGGCGGUAUGCAGGCCCCCGACGCUGUGACGGCCGCUGUGCGCGAGCUGCUGCUGUCCAAGCUGCCGGCUGGAGAGCGCCACCUGCUGGACCCGGGCAUGCUGUUGUUUGGCAUGGCCUCGGAGGCAGCAGUGGCCACGGCAGGCGCCGCUGGCGCGACGGCCGCGGCGGAGCCGCUGGUGCUCCACCACCACGUGCUGACGCCGUCGCGCUGCGCGCACGCCGCGGCGCUGGUCACAUGCCUGGAGGCAGGCCAGGCGGUGCUGCUGGAGGGCCCUGCUGCUGUGGGCAAGACGUCGCUUGUGGCGGAGCUAGCUCGGGCGCGCGACAAAAUGGUCUUCCGCGUCAACAACAGCGAGAGCACCAGCAUGCAGGACUACUUGGGCACAUUCCUUCCCAGCUCCGGAGGUGGCGAGGAGGGCGCUGGCAGCAGCUGCACGUUCCGCGAGGGCCCGCUGCUGCAGGCGCUGCGUCAGGGCGCCUGGUUCCUGGCUGACGAGCUGAACCUGGCUCAGGCAGGCGUGCUGAGCCUGCUGGCGCCGCUGCUGGAGGGGCUGGGCUUCGUGCAGGUGCCCGGAACGGACCGCGUGGUGGCAGCAGCGCCGGGCUUCUGCUUCGUGGCCACCCAAAAUGCGGCACGCGGCGGCUAUGCGGGCCGCCAGCCGCUGCCUUCCGCGCUGCGCAGCCGCAUGGUGGAGGUGCAGGUGCCCGACUUUGCGAGGGAGGAGCUGCCCGAGAUCAUCCUGCGGCGCAGCGAGUUGCUGGCGACUACAGCUGGCGGCGUGUGCAACAGGCGCCUGACGCCGGCUGAGGCAUCCCAGCUGGCCGAGCUGUACUUCGCGCUGCGCGACACCCCACAUCGCAUCACCAUGCGUGAGCUGAUCAAGAUCCAGCGCCGCGCAGAGCGGGCUGGUGCGCCGCUCGCCGACGCCGCCGCCAGCCUGUUGACCAGCCGCGUGCCGCACGGCUCCGCCCCCGCGGCGGCACUGCAUACGCUUCUGACGGGUAUUACCGGAUGGCAGGGCCUUGCGGAGAGUCUGCAGCAGCUGUCCUACACGAUGGAGCAGCAGGGCCCGGACGUGGUGCUCAGUGACGGCCUCAUCUCGUUGACCGUGCCGGGCGCAGACCUCAGCCGCAGCUCGCUGAAGGCGGCCAUUGCAGCCGCUGCGCCCACUGCGUCGGCAGGCGGCAGCAGCGGGGCGGUGGUCAGCAGCAUUCCCGCCACCUUCAUGCGGCACCUAGUCCAGCUGGGGCUGGCGGCGGCGUGCGGCGAACCGGUGCUGCUGUCAGGGCCGACCAGCUGCAAGUCGGAGCUGGUGGCGACGUGGUGCGGUAUCACCGGUCGCGGCGAGGAGCUGCUUGUAGAGCAUCUCACUGCAGACACGGAGGCCUCUGACCUCGUGGGACAGCUACAGCCCUUCUCAACCGCCGAGCUCAUCAAGGAGCUACCGGUUGUGGCCCACAACGCGCUGCUGCGCUCCACGGCGCUGCUGUGCCCAUCUGGCAACGGCAGUGGCGAGGUGCGUGACGACCUGGCAGAGCUGCAGCAGCAGAUCAGCCAGCACCUGCGGCCUGCCACCGAGCAGUGCGGGAAGCAGCUGGCCGAGUGGCUGCGCAAGCUGUCGCAGUCGUCGCUUAGCCGCGACCGCGCUCAGCCUGGCAGCAAUACGACUGCAGAUGGCGCAGCGCCGAAGGAGGCCGGGCGCAGCUCGAGCGUUGCUGACUCAUCAGAGAGCCAGAGCACGAGCGGAGCCAGCACUCCCCUGCGGCAGGCCCAUGGUGGCGGCGCAGCUGCUGCCGCCAUGCCUGUGACUCUGCUCACUGCGGAUGCGCUGGCGGCAGCCAAGGCGCGCCUGGCUGCCGAGGCACCCGAGCUGGCGGCGCAGGCGUCUGCCUAUGACAAGGACACAGCAGCCGGCGGCAACGCGGCGCCCAAGUCAGUUAGCAGCUCGGGGCCCGUGUCUCCGCAGCAGGGCGGGGACGGCUGGGUAAAGCUGAGCCACGAGGGCAGCAGCGAUGACGAGGCUGACCUGGACAAGUGGUUUCGCGGGCGCCAGCAGCCGGCAGCGGCAGCGGCGGGUGCUGCUGCGAUUCGCCAGCGCAGGAGUUCAAGCGGCGGCAGUAGCAGCAGUAGCAGCAGCGGCGCCAGCAGCUGGGCGGAGGACGAUGAAGACAGCGGCGUGCAGCGGCGAGUGAAUUUGGAAGACCUGGAAGCAAUGAGCGACGACAGCGACUAUGCUGCGAGUGACGGACAGCCCCAGGCCCCUGGCCAGGGUCAGCCACCAGCGGGGAGCGUAGGCGCUGUACCACCAGGCGGAAGCGACAGCUCCGAGGACGGCCAUGACAGCGACAGCGGCAGUGACAGCGUCAGCCGGAUCAACAGCAACGGCGCAACCGCCGUCAUUGUGGGCGAGGACAGCUCAUCAGAUGACUACGAGCUCCCGACGCCGCCCGAGCGGGACCCGGAGGCGGCUGCCGGCCCGCUACCGCCAGACCCUGCACCAGCUGCGGAUACUGCAGCAGAGCCAGAGACGGCGCCGGCGGCAGCAGGGCCUGUAUCAGACACGGACGCACCCGAAGACCAGCCGUCCGCAGUGCAGAUCCUGGCGAAGCAGCUGGCACAGCUUGACGGCGGGGCCCUGUUCUGCCACAAGGGCCGCCGGAGCCCCCGCGCCGCUGCUGAGCCCUUCAAUGUGCCCAAUGAGCUGCAGCGGGCCGUGGGCGCAGUCCUGGUGCUGUUGCAGCGCGUGGCAGAUGCGCUGCAGCAGCCGGAUGCAGAGCUACUAGGCAUGCUGCGGCGCCUGGAGGCGGCUUGGGAGAUGGUGCAGGGCGCAAUCGCCGCCGCUAACGCAGCAGUCGCAGCGGCGCGCCUCGCCGGCGGCCGCGGUGGUGGCGGCGGCAACAUGGCGGCCACAGUGCUGGCGCGGCCCAUCUUCCUGUUCAAGGACGGCUCGGUGACCAAGGGCGUGCAGUUGGGCCGGCCGCUGCUGCUGGAGGACUAUGACGCGCCCAGCCCGGCCGUCACGGAGCGCAUCAACCCGCUGCUAGAGACGGAGCCCACGCUGACGGUGUCGGAGGACGUGACCGCGGACGCGGGGGGGCGCCCCGUCGCCGUGACGGCCAGCACCCAGGUCUUCGCCACCAUGCACACCAGCAGCGGCGGCGGCAGCCGUGGCGGCAAGAUCAGCCCCGCCACGCGCUCGCGUUUUACAGAGGUGGUGGUGUCGCCGUACGAGGACGCCGAGCUGCGCAUGUUGGUGGAGCGGAGGUUCCACGCCGCCGGGCGCAGCCGAGGCGUGGACGCGGCGCUGGCGGGCCCCGCAGCGGAGAUGAUGUUUGAGGUGCGGCAGGUGAUGAAGGGCAGCCGCUGGGCCCGCCGCGGCAGCGACCUGCGCGCUCUGCUGAGCUGGGCGGAGCUGGCAGCGCAGCUGGUCGGCACGCCGCGCGCCGCCAUGGCGGCUGCUAGCGCGUCCGGCAGCGGCAGAGCCAGAGCUGCCUCCAGGCAGCCGCAGCCUGGCGGCACCAGCUACGAGCUGGCGGUGCUGUGGGCCGCCCGCUUCUCCUACCUAGAGCACCUGACGGACCUGGCUGACGUGGCAGAGGUGCUCAAGGCCUGGUGGGCGCGCAAGCAGCAGGCCCACGCGAUACCCGCGGUUUACAUGGCCGUGGCAGAGCCGCCGCCGCACCUGUCGGACCUGGCGGCGGCGGCGUACGAGAGCCCCGUCCUGCUCACGCGCGACCCGCUCCAGCCCGCGGCGAAGAGGCUGCAGCUGGCCUACACCGGCCUCAGCGUGCCGCUGCCAUGUGCGAGCGAGGAGCCCGUGCCCAGCGGAGCCGUAGCGCCGCCGCAGUCGCAGGAGGAGGUGGCGGCGCGGCUGCGGCUGACGACUACGCCCUCGCUGCUGCUCAACCUGGCCAGCGUUUUUGCGGCGCUGAUGUCUGGCGCGCCGCUCCUCAUGGAGGGGCCGCCCGGCAUUGGCAAGACCGCCAUCAUCGAGCAGGUGGCUUCCCUGGUGGGCAUGCGCUAUGAGCGCAUCAACCUGAGCGCCAGCACCACGCUGCAACAGCUGCUGGGCGGCUUCACGCCGCGGCUGCAGGGUGGCGUGCGCGUGUUCAGCUGGCAGGACGGCAAGCUGCUGCAGGCGCUGCGCCGCGGCGACUGGCUGCUGCUGGAUGAGCUGAACCUGGCCCCGCCAGAGGUGCUGGACGGCGUGGCGCCGCUGCUGCACAGGGACGCCGCGGACUUUGUAGUGCCGGUGACUGGCGAGCGUGUGCCGGUGCCGCCCGGCCUGCGCGUGUUCGCCACCAUCAACCCGGCCUCCAUCGGCGGAGGCCGCAACCAGCUGCCGCGCUCCAUCUCGGGCUUGCUGACGCGCGUGCGGCUGGCGGCGCCCUCCGACUCCGAGCUGAGCGCCAUCACGCUGGCGGUGUUCGCGGGCUGCAUCAGGGGCUGCCUCAUCCGCACCGACCACGUGGACGCGGUGUUCCGGGUGCACCAGGAGGUGGUGAGGGCCAUGGCGGAGCGCAGCCUGGGCCGCGGCGGCGGCGUGCAGCCCUUCAACCUGCGCGACAUCAUCAAGACGCGGGACGUGCUGGUCCGCAUCAUGCGAGAUCAGGAGGCGCACUACGGCUUGCGGCUGGGGGCGCAGGCGCCGCAGCAGCGCAGCAGUGCGGGCGGCGAGAAGGAUGGCAGCUCAGGCGAUGACGACGCUGCCCCAUCAGCAUCCCCUGAUGAGCUGCUGGACGUGGAGGGCGUCAAGACCGCCACGCUGCGCAGGGUGCUCGACAUCGUGUAUGCCUCGGCCUUCCCGGAGCUUGCGGACCAGCAGCACGUGCGGGACCUAAUUGCGCGGCACUUCAGCUACGGCAUGGCCAGCAGCAGUGAGGCGGGGCAGGUGCCAGCCUCCACGACCGGCAACCAGAACGAGGAGCUGCCGGCCAUCGACACCAGCGUGCCAGGCGUUGUGCGCAUGGGCAGCAUCUACAUGGAGCGUGGCGACGAAGCCAGCUCCACGACGCCGCUGGUGCACACACCCGGCACCCUGCAGCGGCUGGAGAUGCUGGCGGCCGCCACCCGCAGCGGCCGCACGGUCUGCCUGGAGGGCGACACCGCCAGCGGCAAGACGUCGCUGGUGGCAGAGCUGGCGCGGCUGGCGGGCAUGCGGCUGCGCAUCGUGCCCAUGACCGCGGAGUCGGAUGUGGCGGACCUCAUCGGUAGCUGGCUGCCUGUGCGUGAGGGAGCGCCCGCGGCCGAAGAUGGCGUGCUUGCGAGCGUAGCGUCUCUGGCGGCUGGGCUGGUGCGGCUGGCGCUAGCGCACGUGCUGCCGGCGCUCACGGCAGCCACUGCAGAUGCCGUUGCCGCUGGAGAGAACCCGGACACGGUCGACAUCACUCGCGUGCAGCAUCUUGCCAGCCUGCGAGAGCAGCUUCUGGGCCCUUUGGGACUGCUCUUGGCAGACGGCAUGGUUGUGGAGGCCCUGGCGGCAGAGCCGGACGAGCAGCCACAGCGGCAGUCGCUGCGGCUUCUAGCAGCGGCCCGCAGCGCCCCAGCAUCACCUGAUGCAGCCGGGCUGCAGCGUGUGCUGAGCUACUGCCACGACUUGCUUGAGGCCGCAAGUGAGGUCCGGCACUGCCCUGAGACGCUACCCAUCGCCAGCAGCCUAGCCACCAGCCUGAGCCGUCUGAGCAAUAAGCUACAUAAGUGCGACCGCUGCGUAGCGGAGCUGCGUCAAGCGGAGACGGGGGUUGAGGCGUCUGCGGCCUCGCCCUCUGGCGGUGGCGGCCGGCGCCAGCACGCGCGCAGCAUGGCGUUUCGCUGGGUGGAUGCGUCACUGGUGCAGGCGCUCAAGAGCGGGGAGUGGGUGCUGCUGGAUAACCUCAACAGCGCGCCGCCGGAGCUGGUGGAGCGACUGAACAGCCUGCUGGAGGACAGCCCCUCGCUCAACGUGUACGAACACGCCGACGGCGAGGUGUUUGCAGCAGCAGCCGGCACCAUCCACCCGCGCUUCCGGCUCUUCGCCACCGUGAACCCGCGGCGGCCGCUGUCGCACAAGCUCUCCAGCGCGCUCUACAACCGCGUCAUCCGCAUCUGCCUAGCGCCGCUGGACGCCGGCCUCACACCCGCCAACGCUGGCAGUCACGAGCUGACGGCGCUGCUGCGCGGCCGCUUCGCCGGUGUGCCGGGCGGCGCGGAGCUGGCGGAGCUGAGCGUGCGCUACCACGCCGCCAUGUUGGGGCUGGUGGGUACGGGAGCGGUGCAGGUACUGCAGGACUUCCGCCUCACGCCGCGCAACCUGCUCCAGGCGGCUGGGCCCGUGGCCGCGCGCUGCACCAGCAUCGGCAGCCCUGUGCCGCCCGCAACUAGCACAAGGUCGGCUCCAGCAGCCAGCGGCGCUGCCCCGCAUGCCAACCCGGUGCAGUCGCUGGUGUUGGGCUUGACGCGCAGCUACACCAGCUCCGUCAGCUGUGUGACGCAGCGCGGCGUGGCGCUGCAGGCAUUGGCGGGCGCCCUGCAGCAUCCGUCGCUGCGAAAGCCGCUGUACGAGGUCCCAACUGCGCCUGCCGCUGACAGUGGCACGGCCUUGGCGCUGGAAGCCGAUGUGCAUCGCGUGUCGGACGCUGUGGCUAAGCUGCAGCAGCGGGCGGCGGCGAUGCUGUGGUCACUGCUUCAGCGGCUGGAGGGCUUGCCGAAUAUGGCGGAGCUUGCUGUCAUGGUGGUUGAAGAAGUGCUCGUGUACACCUAUCCUGGCCAAGCGCCAGAGCUGGAGGUCAUGCUUCGGGACCUGCAGGCGCUCCCAGAAGCACCGGCGGCAUCAGCUGUCAGCGCCAUCAUGCAGCGCUGGCUGCCGGCGGGGGCUUUGGAGGCGCCAGCUGCGUCUCGCCGGGACAGCUCUCAGCUGCAGCACUGGGUUGAGGAGCAGACCAGCAGCCUGCGGCUCCAGGCCGAGUACUGCCAGCGCGAGCUCCAGGACUUCGUGGCGGCGGCAUCGCUGUCAGAUGCGGGCGAGCGCUGCCGCCUAGCGCGGCGUGCAGCGCGCGAGCUGCACCAACUGCAAGCUUGCUGUGCGCACUUGGCCGCGUCAGCCGUCGACGGCCUGGCGGUGGCGGGCUGUGCGGCCGCCAGCGGUGCCAUGCUCCGUUCCACUGACCUGGCAGCGAAGGCGCGCCUACUGCAGAGGGGCUGCACCGCCGCCGCCGAGGCCCUGGCGCUGCCGGCGGGCGUGGGCGAGCUGGCUGUGGCGUACGACACCAUCGCCGGCCGGGUGGAGGAGCAAUAUGUGGCCCUAGUCAAGUCGGUGGGAAUGAUGGAGCACCAGAGCCUCGUCUUUGCGGUCGCCAGCCUGUACAGCAAGCCCAUCUCCACGGUCGCCGGCCUGCUGCCCAAGGUGCUGUGCUCGGUCCUGGCGUGGGUGGCGGAGCAUGACCAGCGCGAGGCGCUGCACCGCAUCGCCGCGAGCCUGCUGCUGCUGGCUGGUGUGUGGACCUGCGAGCUGAUGGUGCCGCAGGGCCUGCGCGCGCCGCAGCAGGGCGCAGUUGGGCCGGCCGUGACGCGCUAUAGCCUUUUCCAGCUCCAGGCCCUGUACAGCGCCAGGGACGUGCUGGAAAAGCGCAGCGAGGGCAAGGCGCGACUCUUGUUGCAGAACAUCCUAAAGGACCGGGCCGUGCUGUGCCACUCGGAGCUGGUCGACGCGCUGUCAGGCCUGAUGGCGCAGCGCCCUGGCGUGCCGCUCUGCGAGCCCUUUCCUACCGCUGGGAGCCUCCUGGCUUCAACUGCUGUCGGCGCCGCCCUGCGUGAGGCGGGCGCCGACUCGCUGCUGGUCCACCGCCCUCUGGCGUUUGCCUGGUUGGCGGCGCUGCUAUGCUCUGCCGGGCCGUGCUGGCCGGCUGGCGCAGUGGUGUACCUGGAGAGCAUCGUGGUCAGCCAGCCUGGCCACCUGCCACCCGCUGCUUCGCUGCUGGAUGGCAGCACGCCCCUGCAGCUGCGUAUCCUGCACCAGCCGGCGGCGCAGCGCCACGCGGAGCAAGAUGGUGUGAAUCUGUUGCUAAUCACCGGAAGCGGUGACGGCGUGGUCGUCUGCCAGCUCGUGACCGUUGGUCACGCUUCGCCGGCUGCGCAGCGCUACUUGGACGCGGCCGUACGACACCUAGCUGCGCAGAACGUGCACGUGCGUGCCCCGGACCCGCUCUGCCUGGACCUUGAAGCUCUUGCCGCUGGUGCUGCUGGGGGCCAACCCGUAGAUGACCAGCAGGCCCAGGACCUGGCAGUCUGCGGCCUGGUGGCGCAGGUGAUGCUGUCCACCUGGUGGCCAGCAGCAGCGAAUGACCGCCAGCGCGGAAGCGCUGCAGGCAGUGGCACCAGCAGCAGCGGCAUUACUGAUGUCGCGGCCGCCGCUGCUCAGCAGCUGUGCGAGCAGGCGCGGGCGCUCUACUCCGGCCUGGUCAGCGGCCUGCGGCAUCUGGCCUUCAAUCCGCGCCUAAAGCUGCUGCAGCGUGUCUCCCAUGCAGCCCUGGGGGACAAGCCGCGAGCUCCGGAGCUGUGCGACGCGGUUUGCCAACAGCUGGACCUGGCCCUAGAUGCCUGGGCCAGUGGCGGGGCGGCGGGGCGCUGCUCAAGGCGGGCGCGCCUGGAGCAGCUCUGCGGCGCCUCACGCAUCUUAUCCAGCCUGGACGCCGUCUGCGCUCUGAGGGGACUGAUGCAGGAGCACGCCGAUGGCGACGCCGCAUUUGCUGCGGCGAGGGGCUUGGCGACGCGCAUGCGGAAGAUGCUGCUGGGCUUUACGCAUGCCGCCGAGGCGGCCGCCAGCCGCGCAGCAGAUGCCCAGCUCGAGUACAAGCACGCAAGCGCCGUCACUCAGGCGGUCAUGUCUGCAUACCAGGCUGUGCUGCGCCGGGGCCUUGUCAUUGAUGCGGCGAACGGGAACAUCCACAGCCGCCUGACAGCACAGCAGCUAGCCGUGUGCGAGCGGCAGCUGCGGGAGGCGGCGAGUGACUUGGGGCUGUCGCAGUCUAGCCAGGACAAUACCUUGGGACUGGCUAGACUGUUUGCCGAGGAGGAGAUGCAGGCGUUGCUGCUGAAUGCCUCACGCGACGGUGCUGAAGCUGGCGCUAGCAUGGGUAGAGCGCCGCGGGGCGGAGCGGGCGAUGGAAUGGAUGACACCGAUGGCAGCAGCGGCGUACAGCGCGCUACGGAUCCUCGCGCACUGCGGCGCCGGCACCUGGAGCAGCGUGUGUCAGACGGCGUGCAUAAGCUGCAAGGCCUGCUGCAGCGGGCGCGGCGGCUGUGCCCCGUCCCCAGCAACCUGCUGGCGGAGGGCCUCAAGCUGCUGUCGGCGCUGCGGGCGGUGGACGCGGGCAAGUGCGACGCGCUGCACCUGGAGGAGCUGCUGUACGGCGUGCCACGCGUGCUGAGCUCGCUGGAGGCGUACGAGGCCAAGCUGCAGGCGGGAGACCCGUUGCUGGGCAAGCUGAGGCCUGUGGCGCGCGCAUUGGAGGCGGAUGAGUUUGCGCUGGACGCGGCGUCCUGGGGCGCGGCGGCAGAACCUGCCACAGAGGCCGAACUUGCCGAUCUGCACACGGCAGCGGUGGCUCUACGCCUCCUGCUGCCGGACAGCGAGGCCGACGCUGCCGCGGCGACAGCCCGCCUUGAGAACUUCCUCGGAGUCCUGGACAGCAGCAUGCGGUCCGCUUGCUGGGAGGAGCUGCUGCAGCUGCUGCGAGAGGCCGCUGCUGACUCCUCAGCUGGAGAGGCGCGCGCAGCUGAGGUGCAUGCCGCGCGGCAGGCCAAGCUGUCGGCGCUGGCCGUCGUACUCAGCAACGAGCUCGGCGUGGAGUUGCAGGCCGUCAGCACACCUGCACACAGAGGAGACCGCACCACGGCAGAUACCAGCGGAGCCAGCAGCUGCACAGAGCCACCGGCGGUGCCUGGGGUGUGCCUGGUGGACAAGGCGCUAGCUGAGUAUGCGGCAUACAGACGCGAGCUGCUGGUGGAGGGGCCAACGCAGCAGCCCGGCACUGCUGCGGGCCCGCUGGCGGCCAAUGACUUCCCGGGUGUGGCGCAGCUGUACUCCGAUGCCUGGGCGGAGGUGGCGCCCGACUCGGACUGGGGCCUGCUGCGCCUGUUCGGCAAGUGCCGGCGGCUGCAGGAGCAUGCAGGCGGCAUCAGCGGCCGCUUGGGCAGCUACUUCAAAGGUCUAGCGGUUCACAUCCUGCCGCCCAGCCUGCAGCCGGCGGACCUGGCGUGCGCCUUCGCGCCUGAACACGUGCGGGGGCUCGUGAACCUUGACAGUGAUGCGGCGGCAGAUGCGCCCGCCUACACGACUGCACAGGCGCAUGCCACUGUCGAGGCGCCGCCGGAGCUCCAGCCGUACCUGCUGCGUGGUACCCCGCUGGACGCGCUCCUGCACGACCUGCCCAGCCUCGCUGUAAAGGCGGUUGCGGCUGGCGGCGCACCGCUGCAGCAGGACGGACCUGCCGCGGUGCUCCGAGGGCAGGUCAAACUGUCAGCGCUGUGGUUGCAGCUGGCACUGGCGGUGGCCGAGGCUCUCGAUACAGGCCGCCUUGCCGGCGGCGUCUGCUUGCGGCUGGAGCAGCUGCAGGGUGAAGUCGAGGAGGUGGCCCAUCUUCAGAAGGACAUUCAGCAGCUUGAGGCCCAGGCCGCGGAUGCACGGCUUGAAUCGGCACAACUGCGCGCAGAACUGGGCAGGGCGAGGGCAGCUGUUGCGGAUGCUCGCACAGACGAGGCGCGCUACCGCCAGCUAGACCUCUUCUGUUAUGGUGGCUCGGCGACCGCAGCAUACGCGCCGCGGUCAGGCUUGGCUGCGGCGGAAAACCGCGUGCUGGUGCUGGAGGGCGACCUUGCGCGCUCGGCCCAGAAUGCAGUCAUGAACCUGGAGCGUGCGGGUGAGCUGCGGCUGCGGCUGCAGCAACAUGAGCAGCAAGUGAAGGAGCGGCAUGUGGCGCGCCUCAACACGUGUUUUUCGGCUCUGAAGGACACUGUCCACCAGCUGUCGCGCAGUGUUCAAGCUGCAUGCGGGCAUCCCGACGGCAAUGGUGCGCCGUCAUCGUCUGCUAUCGCAGCGCAGCUGCUGGCGCUCGACGUAGCACUGGCUGUAACUGGUAGCGACGGCGGCCGCCAGCCUCUGGCGGAGCUUCUGCCAUCGCUCCACGCUGCCUCCGCGGCUGCCGCUCGCCAGCUUGCAGACCUUGGCGCGCUUGUCGAGGCCUCAUUCCCGGCGGCCCUCUCCGCCGGGCGGGCAUUGCUACACGCUGGCAAGCUGUUGGCUGCCGGCACGCUGCACCUGACUAGCAGCAGCGCCGCGCUGCUUAAGGUCAGCGAGCGGGAGGAGGACCUGCAGCCACUGGCCGAAGGCGGCCGCCAGCUGGCGCUGGAGCUUGAGGAGCUGGUGCAGCCGCUGCUGCAGCUGCAGCCGCCUCCAAGCUCUACCGCAGUCGUGCGGGCUGUCAGUGGGCUAUGUGCGCAGCUGGAGAGCGCUUGCAGCGGCGGCGUUGCCGCCACGGUGGCUAGCCUCGUGGCCGCCGCCGAGCAGGGCGUGGGUGCGGACUCAGCAGCCGCUUCCUCACUGCAAGCGGUGCGGUCUUUCCUGGCUCGCCUUACAGUGGUGGCCACCCGCAGCGCCUCCCUCGCCAACCCCAACGACCCAGACCUUGCGGCGCUGUGGUCGGAUGUGAGGCAACGCCUAGCCGCUGCGUGCGGCGGCGACUCCGGUGCGGCGCUGGCGGCAGCCGACCGCCUCACGCUGCAGGCGCACCUGGAGCGCUGCGCGGACGAGCUGCCGUGCAUGCUGGAGGCUCUGCGAUGCGCGCCGCUGGCCGCCGCCUUUGGCUUCGUCGGCAACCCGGUGGCCCUGGCGGAGGCCGCAGAGGGCCACAUGGAGCGGCUGGGCAGCGCCUUCCUGGAGCCCUCCUACCUAGUGCGUCACGUGCACAAGGUGCUCACCAGGCUGGUGGGCUCGCACCUGGAGGCAGCCGAGAUCACGGCCGCCACAGCACCCGUGCGCGCGCAAACCACGCAAUACCAGAGCGACGAUGAUGCGGUGGGCAGCCUCGGCGCUGGCAGCCGCAGCACUACCGCGCAGCGCCUGCUUGCAGUGGUGCGGUCGCUAGAACCCGUGGCGCAUGUCAACGUUGCAGACGGUGGAGACGCAUACCUGGCGGCCGUGUCCUGUUUAGGCUGCGGGACCGUGUACAGCAGCGGCCCGCCAGCGCUGGAGCAGCUUGACCUAAAGCUGAAGACCCUGAUAGAGCAGCUGCUGACAAUGGCGCCGAUGGGCCAGUCAUCCCAGGACGGCGGUGCGGCGCCGCAGCGAGGCCUGGCCUCAGCGGCGGAGCGGAUGAGCUUGCUGCGUACGCUGCUGCUGCAGAGCCUGUUCACGGCGGGCGUGGGCGUCGUGUCCGCCCGCUUCUUCACCAACUCGGAUCGCUGCGUCUCAGAGCACCUGCGGGACCUGGAGCGAGUGGAUGCCCACACGGUGUGGGUCCCCGGUGACAGCGGCAGCAUGGCAGAUGGCGAUGCAGCAACACCUGACGCGUCAGCAGGCGGAGCUGGCGAGACGGCCGGACCUGACGCAGGCCGCUCCUCGCCACUUGCGAGCGACAGCUCUGCCAACCGCAGUCCCAGCCUCAACUGGGCCGUGUUGCAGCUGUGCGGCACGCACCACCUGCCAGCACUGGAGCGCAUCCUGCAGCAGAAGCUGCAGGCGGCCACCAGCGGCAGCGCAUCAACGGUCACUGCCGCUGGGGCAGCGCUGCCUGUGGAGGUCAGCGCGGCGCUGCUGCAGUGGGAGACGCACCAAUCGCUGCUCUAUCACGGCCUGCAGGGCGCCGGCGAGCUGCUGCACGCGUUAUACGCCUACUGCCCGGACGCGCUACGCGUGUCGCACUUGGUGUCCGAGUACAUGCAGUACUGUGAGGCCGGGCUGCAGCUGAUGUAUUCGCCGCUGUCAGCCAUCGGCCAGGCGCGAGGAGCGCCAAGCGGUGGCGCCGCGACGCUUAGCUCCGGGCAGCAGCUGCUGCUGUCGCAGCUCCUGGCCCUUGAGGAGUGGAGCUUCGGCCAAGUCGGGCGCCUGUUGUGGCAGCAGCUGCUAGAGGUCAACGCAACCGCCGGCAAGCUGGCGGAGCAGCAGCUGCUGGCGCUGGAGCAGCACACUUCGGCAUUGCUCGAUGAGUGGCAGGCCGCUGGCAGAAAGCUUGUGGAGGAGCGGCACGAUGGCCGCAUGGCUACCAUCAGGCGGGCCAGGGAGGAGGCUGAGGCGCUGCAGCGCGCCUACAUAGAGCGCCAGCAACAGGCCGUGGGGGACCUGGCGCUCCUGCUACAGACGAUCCGGCUGGCGGCCGAGCUGACGGCGGCGGGGCUGCAGCAGCUCUACAUCGCAGCAGUGCAUCGCACUCUCUCUCGCUGCGGGGUUAUGCAGCUGUCACAACAGCUCUCGUACAUUGCCGCGCAGCUCCAGGGCAUGUAUGUACCGCUGCACGAAGUCUGGACAGUUCGUACGCCUUCCCGGCCCAGUGACGGUGAGGACCCAUCGGUUGGAGACACGGCGGCGCUUGCAUGCGUGCCAGUCCAACAGCGUUUCUUCAAGCGGUACCCAAGGCACGUCACCUUGACCAGCUCUUCAUUGCCGGUGCUGGCGGGAGCGGACGCUGUCGACCUGGAGCGAGUGGUCAGUGUGGAGCUCAGUGUUCAGGGCGGCGUGCUGCUGGGCCAAAGCGAGUUCAAUGUUCCGCGGGCCUCCAAGCCGCUAUGGCUCAGCGUGGAUGCUGAGGUGCACGACCCCGACGCGUUCGCUGUUGAGUGCACAUUAUGGUGCAAACCAGCGCCUCUUACAGCGGCGGCCACGGCGCCGGAGUCAGGGUGGCUAGGAGUAAGGAUAGUCAGGAGGGUGGUCAGGAAAGUGGUCACAACAGUGGCUUCGUACGCCCAGGCAGUUAUGGGUUUCGAGGAAUAUGUGGCUGUGCCACCGCAGCAGCCGUUGACGCUUCACGACAUGCUAGACGGAGGUGGCCCCAGCAACAGCGGCAGUGAGCCGGGCCUGAGGCUGUUGUGCGCGGGCGGCUCGUGGAUGGCGCUGGACGUGCGGCCCAGCAUGGAGGACUACUGCUGGGCACCCGACCUGCAAGCUGACGCAGCCACAGCGGCUGACGCGUUCCGGCCUUCUGCAGAAGCGCUUCAAGCGCUGAGAGACGACGAGCCGCUGGGAGAGUUCGUGGCAUCAGAGCGCACAGACAGCAGCGGCGCAUGGAUGCCCGGCGAGUGGCGCCUUCCUCUGAUCAGCGGCCUCAACAAGAUGCUCAUGGACACAGAAAAGCAGGCAUUGUCGGUUAGAGGCGCUCUGCGUGAGCAACCGCCACCUUCCACUGAACUGGCGAGCGCACAUCUGGACGCUGAGAAGGUCAAGGACGAGGACGCGAUGCGCAGCAACCGCCACUUCAAUUUGCUGCAGCGGCACCAGGCGGCGCUGAGGAAGGAGGUUGAGGCGCUGCGCACCCUCCGUGUGGCAUUUUUUUCCGCGCUGGCGCUCACACCGCCUACGGCCACGGCCGGCGCGGGCGCAGGCGCGGAGCCCAGUCUGCUAGAUGUGUGGCUCAGCUGCAAGCACCUGCUACAGCAGCUGAUGAAGAGUGACCACACGGAAGGCUUCCGGCGCCUGACCGCCCUAGCGCAGGAGGCGGCUGCAAUGCCGCCGCUGGAGCGUUACUCGCCCACCCAGCCGCAGCCGCUCAGCCGCUGCGGCUCGCCUGCCAUGGCAGACGUCUUUGAAAGGGUACGCGCCGGCUUCGUGCACAACGCUGUUGCGGGAGCUUUGGCCACGCCACCUUUGGUGCACCGCCUGAUGAGCCUGGCGGUGUGCGCGCUGGCGGCCACCGCGCGCUCAGAGCGGGAGCUGGGCGCGGCACAGGAGCAGCUACAGCUUGCGGAGAAGGUCCUGGAAAGCCUGGCAGCCGGCCUGACCCACAGCUCCAGCAGCAUGCUGCAGGUCAGGCAGACGUCCUAUAUCGUGGCUGUCGCCAAGGAGAUCCUGAAGCGCAAGCUGGCGGCGCUGGCGAGCUUACGCAGGAGCCGUGAGCUGCUGAGCCGCGAGCUGCGGCCCGCUGCUCAGCCUGCAGUGGUGCUGGCGGCGCUGCGCAAGGCGGUGCGCGGGGCGGAGGAGCUGACGCUGCAGCUGCUGGCGGACAACAGCGGCGGUGGCGGGCUGUUCUGGGCGGGCGGCGGCGCCGAGCCGGCACUACUGGACUUCGGGGACGUGCUUCUGCGAAGUGGCAAGUCACUGCCCGUCCGCAUCAUCAACAGCAGCGACCGGAACGUAGAGCUGCGAGUGCUGUUGCUUGGGGGCGCUGCCGGAGAGAGCAGCGCCGCGGCGGCUAGCGGCGAGUCCGGGGCGGCCUUCCGGGUCGUGCCAGACCGCGUGCACCUGUCCGCGCAACGGGCUGCCGUCAUCAACUUUGCCAUCGACAGUAGCUGCGCGGCGGCGGCGGUGCCGGGUGUGCUGAGCGCCGCCUUCCAGCUGUUCAGUCCACUGGUGGGCGAGGCGCUGGUGCUGCGGUGCCGCGUGCGGCUGCAGGAGCUGGCGGUGGCGCUGGCGCCCAGCGAGGCCCUGGGCUUUGGCGUGUUGACCACCCGCACGCAGCGCAGCGCGAAGGUCGCUGUGACUAACCAGACCGGUGUGCCACUGCGGGUCAAGGCGGAUGUGGUCGGAAGCCCAGCAGUUCCGGAGGCAGCGGAGGCGGCCCGCGCCACCAGCGGUCCCAGCGCGCGCAUCAGCAGCAGCUGCGAUGUGCUCCCGCCCUAUGCAACGGAGACCCUGGAGGUGACGCUGGAGGCGGGCGCUGCAGACGUGUCAUCGCUCUCCUGCUUCGCGCUGGCUUUGGCGGUCAACUCCAGUGCGCGGCAGUAUCACCUGCCGCUCGCGGGCAGUGUGGUGCAGCCGCGCUACCAGCUGGAGUGGCUGGACGCGCGGCAGGACGGCGCCGUGACUGCCACACCGUUGCGUGCCGGCAGCUGUGUAACAGGGCCCGCCAUUCAGCCCGGGGAGCAGCACGAUCUGCGGCUGGCGCUGCGCAACACCGGUAGCGUGCCAUUCAGCUUCUGCCUCAGCUCAGGCGGCGCGCAGCUGCAGGUCAGGUCGGCAGCGUCUGGAGCUGCGCCCGCUUGCUCUCAUGGUGGCGGUCAAGCCAGCACAGCCCCAGCCGGCAGCAGCUACAGCGCCCAGGUGCUGGCCGGGGGCUGCGCGCAGCUCGAGCUCGUGUGCAUGGGCCCCGCCGAGGCCGCCCGCCCCCGCGCCUCACAGCAGCGUGUGGAGUGUGCGCUCACCGUGUCAGGCCUGGAGCCCGUAACCUUCGCGGUGGAAUGGCUCGUGGCGGUGGGACAGCUCCGCCUGUCGCCCGGUGCCCUGGGCGCGCCGGUGAGCUUUGCCCUGAGCCCCGCGAACAAGGCGCAGCUGGAUGCCUGCUACGAGGGCGGCGUGUUCAUAGGCAUUCCGGCCGUGCUGCGCGCCCAGAACACUGGCCAGGUGCCGGUCCGGCUGCUGGGCUUGGACAGCGGCGACCGCGUGGAGUGCGUCAGCCCUGCGCUGCCGCUGACGCUGCAGCCGGGUGCCGCGGAGCAGGACGUCAAGCUGCGGCUGCGGCGGUCGGCGGUGCUAGACAUCAUCCGGCGCAUGGGCUCCGGCGAUCCCGGCACCUCGUUUGACCUGGUUGUGCUCACCAGCAUUCGCGGCAAGCUUGCGCUGCGGUGCCAGGUGGCCAUUGCGAUGCCGCGCCUGCAGCCACAGCCAGACCACCACAGCGUGUCGCUGCGCCCUGGCGACCGUAAGCCGCUGUCGGUGGUGGUGAGCAACCGCGGCACGGCGCCGGCCGUGUUCUUCAUCUGGGCGCAAGAGCCCCCGCAGCAAGGCCAACAGGCUCAGCAGUCGCAGGCCGGAGGGACGCCCGCGGCAGCUGCUCAGUCGGGCGGCAGCGGGCCGUUAUCGCUGGUGCUGAAGCGAGGGAAGCAGGUGGUGCUGGCGCCGGACAGUAGUAUGGACGUGCUACCGGUCAAGUUCGAGGUGCACCCCAACCGCGACGUUUCCUUUGAACUGACGGUGUCGAUUGCAGAGGACGCUGUGCCCGGCACCAUCGAGCUUUAUGUGCAGGUCCAGAGCUGCGAUGAAGUCCAGUUUGCCUCGCGGACGGAAGGCAGGUGCAUUACCAUCCCGGUGCGCGUGGAGGUCGCCGCUCAGGGCGCUGCGAAGGACGCCAAGAAGUCCAAGGCAGAACCGCAGAAGCAGUCUGCAGGCGCCACGGCCCAAGCCAGGGACACGACGGGCGCAGCGGCACCCCCUGCGCUGCCCCUGUCGCUGCUGCCGCUGGAGGUGCUGGUCACAGCUGCAGAGAACAGCCCCGGUGACUGCGCCAGCCUUGUGGACAUAGUGCUGCCUGCUGUGGUGGUGGUCGGCUGCGGUACGCAGGCUGCGGAUCCCUGUCUAUACGAGGCGCUCCAGGGGGGCUUCCGCGGCUGCGGCGACGUGUGGGAGAACACUGCCAAGACGGCAGUGGAGCUGUGCGGCUGGACGGUGGGGACGCCCCUGAUCGAGGCCGAGCAGCGCAAAGGCAGCGCUGCAGUAGUCGAUCACAUCAAGUCCCUGCUGUCUAGCCAGAAGCACGCUGGUGACAUUGCGGCAGCUCUACGCAGCCGUGGUGGCGACGGCACACUCAGCGGGCCGCAGCUUGCGCUACUGGGCGCGGUGGAGCGGCUGUAUGCGAGCACGCAGCUGCAGGACGGCCUGCAGGUGUCCGCAGCCCUCCUGGUGGAGCAGGCGCCGGCGCUGGGGCUCCAGUGCGGCGACGAGCUUGCCAUGGCUGUCAGUGGCCUCGCCAGCCGCCAGCCGGCGCCGCACUUCAGCUGGCGUGCGGUGUCGGACGCAGCCAAGGAGGCGCUGCAGCGCUGUGGCGUGGAGCUGGCCGCGCCAGAGGCAGUGCUGCUGGCGACGCUGCGGGCGGCCGAAACGCUUGUGGCAGCCGCUGCCGGUUGCACAGCGGCUGCCGGUGGCACUGCGCGGUGCGGCGCUGCCGCGGCUGCCGUUCCCGAACCCGUGGUCGGGCAUGACGGUCUGAUGGCGGCUGCACGGGAGCUGGCGGCGGCGCUCCCGGCUGGGCCAGCUGUGGAUGUCCUGGGCGUGCUGCUGGAGCUGGCCGGAAGCAGCAGCACAAGCGGUAGCAACGGAAGUACGGACGGCAGCGGAGGCGCUUCGGACGGCGGCAGCAGCUCCCUGAGUGGCAGUAGCUCCGGCGGCGGCGGCAGCUCCGGUGGUGACAGCAGCAGUGAGGAUGGCGGAGAGAGCCAGGAGCUUCCGGAGCAGGUCAGGAAGCUGCUGCCCACCGCUCUGUGCGAGAAUGCAGAGCUGUUGGCCACCUCGCAGGACGCACAGGUCGUACUUGCGUCUGCCCUUGAAGUGGUGCUGCGCUAUGCCACCUGCGCCUCCCCGCUGGCCAAGCCCGAAAGCACGGGCGAUGUCACCAACGCGGCAGCAGCAGCCAUAGCGGCCGCCGGCGCCGCGCUAACAGGGCUGCACAGUGUGGGCCGCACACGGAAGCAGGAGGCAGCGGGGGAACUGCUGCUGAACCUGGCUACCAGUCUCUGCGGCACUUCGUCAAAGGCAGCGGCUGCCAAGCUUGUGUCGUCUGCUGUGGUGCAGCUGGUGUGCCCCAUCAUUGGAUCGCACCUACAACAGCUCCUGGCCCCCAACGCCAAGCCUGCCGACAUGGUCUUGGGCGCCGCAGCCGCGGUUGGCACAGCUGCACUGGACGGCGCAACAGCUUACGUCUCAGCCAGCGAGCCUCAAGCGCGGCUGCACAAGACCUUCAUCGACAUGCAGAAGCGGCUCGGGACGUUUGUGAUGUCGGAGCACUUCAAGGACGCGGAGCUCUGGUCAAUCGAUACGAAGCGUGUUGGGGCAGUGUUGGCCCUAUCAAAGAGCUUCAGCUUCGCCAGCAGCAAAGAGACGUUGAAGGCGAUGCGAGUUUUUAUGAAGGCGGCUCACACUGGUAACCGGCAGCGCGCCAUCAAGGCGGCCACCGCGGCUGUGUGCGGCGUGGCUGGGGAAAUGCUGAAGGAGGAGGCGGUGAAGGGCCUGGGCGUCCUGCUGAUGGACCUUGCGGCUCUGGCUGAGGCCGGUCCGUCCUUCCGGGCUGAGGACCUGCUGGCAAAAUGCGCCGAGCUUGCGGCUUGCCUGCCAGCCACCUCACAAGCAGCCGGCGGCUUCAGCCGGCAGCUGGCUGGCCGCGUGCGUGAGUCGUGGUUGGCCUACGUGCGGCAGCCUAGCGACAAGACAGCGCUGGCUGCGGCUCGAGCCGCCGCAGAGCUGGCCGGCAACGAGCCUGGCGCCCUGGCGAUGCAGGCCGUGGCGGAACUCCGCGAGUUGCGUAUCACGCGACCGGCCCUGACCGACGCGCUGAGGCACACGGCGCCGGAGCACCUCACCAAGCCGCUACUGGACGCCCUCGCAGAGCUGCGCAGCCUGCGGCUCGGGCCCUCGCCGGUAGCGAGUGGCGGCGGGGCGGAAAGCGCGAGCAGCAGCGGCGGUAGCACGGGAUGCGGUAGCCUUGUCAACCUGUCGCCGCUGUCCGCCUUCAUUGCUGCCACAAUCGCGGCUGGUGCGAGCCAGGUCACGCCGGCUCAUGCCGCGGCUGUGGGCAGCAUCUGCAGCAUGCUGGCCGGAGCGCAGGAGGCGGCGAGGCUGCAGGCGCAGGCCGGACAGCAAGCCACAUGCGACCUCCUCACACGCUGCCGGGACACACUGGCUCGCAUCACCGCUGCAGUCGAGGCCGGUGCAGGCUCGGCGGCUGCUACUGCCACGGCUACCCCUGCAGCUACAGCCACGCAGACACCAGCUCACCCGGCGAGUACCAUCAGCGCCACCACCAGUCAGCUGCUGCAGCACCUGGCGGCCAGCCUGGCCAUGGCCGACCACAGCCGUGCGCCCGAGCACCUGCGGCGGCUCGCGUUGACCUCGGUGCUGGUGACCUGCUUCAAGGCGGCAGCUGAGAGCAGCCGCAAGGGCGCAGACUCAGCGGCGGCCUCUGACGCUGCAGAGGCGGGCCAACCGCAAGCAGCGGUUUUGGAGGAACAGCUCGAGAAGCAGCAGCAUGCGGAGGAGGGGGCUGCUGCUGGGGCAGUUGGGUCGUCUAGUGACUUGGGCACCGGGGCACAGGCCAGAGGAGGAGCUGCAGACGGCGCACAGAAGGGUGCCGCGAGUAGCGGCGGCAGUGGUGGCAACGUUGCAGAGGAUGGAGGCGGCAUUGCCAGCAGCGCAGCUAACGGCGAUGCGAGUGGCGAGGCGGACGCCGCCGCCCGAGAUGCACGUGGCAGUGCGAGUGGCUUGGCAUUCACUGCUGGCAGCGAGGACGGAGGGGCCGGGGGCAUGGCCGCAGUUGACGCGGGCAGUGGUGGGGCACCUGGUGGGGGCGUAUUGGGCGCGAGUGCAGGCAGCGGCGUGGAGGCCAGUGCGGAAGGCACGACAGGCACCGAGGACGGAGGUGCCAACGCAAGCAGUGCAGCUUGCGGUGAUGGCAGCGGGGAGGAGGACGCCGCCCAAAACGCAGAUGGCACCGCUAGUAGCUCAGCUGUCACCGCUGGUGGCAGGGACGGUGAGGCCGGAGGCAUGGCUGCAUGCGCUGCAGGCAGCGGUGGGGCAACUGGCGCGGACAUGCUGGGCACAAGCGGUCUGGGCGCCAGCGCGCAAAGCAGUGCCGUCAUCGCAGCCACCGAUGGCAGUCUAGCGGGCAGCGUGGCGGCUGACAGUAGUGCCGCCGGCACCACUGAAGCUGGCAUGGCCGCCAUUGCUGCAGCAGCAACUAGCUGCCAGGCGGCGGCUCCUGUUGCAGACGUAUGUGAAGCCUCGUCAGGGGCCAGCACUCCACGGUCUCGCAGCACCGAUUCAGCCGCCAAGUCGGUUGUACCUGCCGACACAACCGGCGCCGCCUCAGAUGCGGACCUGCCUGGAGGUCCAACAGGCCCCGCCUCUACAUCAGUGCACCUGACCAGCAGCGCCGCUGACAGUGAGGCAGACAUCACGGACGAUGACGCGGGCGCCGGCAGCAGCACCUCGCACAGUGGCGAUAGCGGCCCCACGGCGCCAGCAGUCAGCCCAUCGCGACUGCACAAGCGCGGCAAGGCGGGCGCGGCUGCCGCUGCCGCGCAGCUGCCAGGCGCCGAGCGCCUGCGGGCUGACCUGCAGGCCACCCUGCAGGGCUCCGGCCCGCUGUUGGUCCGGCUGCGACAGCAGCUGCAGGCGCAUCUGGAGGCCGGCGCCUUCGCUGGCGCGGCCGCAGCAGGGGCAGGCGCAGCAGCUAGGGAGACAGCGGCGAACGACGGAGCCGCCGGCGGCCAAGAGGGCGACGAUGCAGCCGAGCGGCACGUGAGCCUGGCGGCGGUCGUAUCUGAGCUGCGCGCCACAUGCAACCGCCUCGGCGGCGCCUACCACGGCGCGGUGCGGCUAGCGCAGGGCGGCGCGGCGCACCUGGUGGGCCAAGACGCGGCACAGGAGCUGGUGCAGCAGAUGUGCGCGGCGGUUGCCGCGGUGCAGGCUCUGCGGCUGCUGGCCGGGCCCGCCAUGCGUGCGGCGGUGGAGUGGGCGCUGGCGGAGGAGGACGGCGCGCUGCGGCGGGCGCUGGGGCAGCUGCUGCCGCACCUGGAGCCGGGCGUGCAGCGCGAGCUCCGGGCCACACUGGGCAUCAAGGCCGCCCGUGACGCGGACGGGCCUGACGACUUCGAGGCAGCCUUUGAGGAGGCCGGCAGCAGCGGCGCGGGUGCCGGCGGCGCCGGGCGCCACGCCGUGUCUGACUACUUCUCAGGCCGGGGCGAUCUGGAGCUGCUGGCGGCGCUGCGGGGUCGGGACGAGGGCGGCGGUGGAGUAGGAGGCGCAGCAGCUGGCGAGGAGGCGGGUGCAGGCGGCGACCCCACGGCGGCGAUGCUCGCCGAGCUGAUGGAGCGUGAGGCGGCGGCGGCCGAGGAGCGGUCCGGCCGGGUGGCCGAUGAGGAGCUGGAGCUGCUGGACCGUGAGAUCAUCUUUGAGGAGUUCCUGGGCGAUGAUGGGGACGGCGCGGCGAAGUCGGCUGUCCGAGGCGGUGGCACCGGCAACACGCCCAACCGCGACCGCCGCCGCGGCCUAGGCUCCACCGCCGACGUCAUCCGGGCCGCCCUGCGCGGUCAGCGAGGGCGCCAGGGCCGGCAAGCAGGCGGCGACCACAUGGCGGGCGGCAGCCUGUUUGACGCCGCCACCGCCUCCUUCGAGGUGUCUGCUGGCCCCAGCCCCGAGGACUUGCAGCUGCAGAGCAUCGCCGCCAGCGUGCGCCUGGACCCGCGCGUGCGGGAGCAGCACCUGCGCAACUGCAAUAUCGCCGAGCUGUACGCCAAGACCGGCACCGGUCACCGCCAGGAGCUGCGGCCCGAGGACCUGGCUGCGGCGGGCCGCGCGCCCGACCUGUCGGCCGUGGACGCGGCGGCGGCGGCGGCGGGCGGGCAGCGGCUGACGUACCAGCGGCUGGUGGAGGCGCCCAGCCUAGUGCGCGCAGUGGACAUGGUGGUGCAGGCGCUCCGCCAGCACCAGCAGCACCUCUACUCGCGCGUGCUGCCCGGCUGCGAGCCGCCCCGCUUCGAGUUCUGCCUGCUGCUGGACAACAGCGGCAGCAUGGUGACCAAGUCGCACGGCACCAAGCUCGCCACGGCGCUGGUGAUGGAGGUGCUGCGCCGGCUAGAGGCGAGGUUCGCGGUUGUCAGCUUCGGGCGCAAGCAACGGGUGCUCAAGUCCCUGGACUCGGCGUUUGACGCGGCGGUGGGGCAGUUCGUGCUGGAGUCGUUCACGUACGACGAGGGCACCUACCCCGCCACCGCCUGUGACUACGUGGCGCAGACGGUGUUCAAGGACGCCGUGCCGCCCGAGCGCCGCGCCGCCCACCGCCGCACCAUCCUCAUGGUGCUGGACGGCCUGACCAAGGAGGAGGUGCCCGAGGACUACAAGUCCGCGCUGCAGCCGGGAGGAAUCGACCUGCUGGUCCUCAACAUCAAGGACAAGAGCCAGGAGGCGCUCAUGCCGCGCAUCACCAGCCUGCUGCGCGACAUCGCCGCCGAGCACGAGGUGGUGGAGGCGGAGCACGCGGAUGCGCAGCUGCCGGCGCGCGUGGCGCAGCUGCUGUCGCGCCACUUUGCACGCAUGGUGCGGGACAUGUCCUCGGGCGUUCCCGCGCCCUCGGCCACAACUGCGCCCUCAGCAGCCGUAACAGGCGGGGAAAGUGGGACCGGCAGUCGUGCGACUCCGCCAUCGUUGCUCCUCUCCACGGCCCUGGCGGACGGUGGCUCAGGCAACCCUUCCAGCAGCAGCGGCGGACCUCCGCGCUUCACCCCCAUCCGCGAGUUCGUGGGCACCAUCACGCGGCAGAGCCUGGCCGCAGCCAACCUGAACCUGCCAAAGCAGCUCUUCACCGUCAGCCCGCCCGCGGCACCCAUCCCCUUCCUGCGUGACCUGGAGGCUGCAAUGUCGGCUGGUGCAGCUGGCGGCAGCUACGGUGGCGAGCAGGAGGAGCAGCGGCAGCAGGCGCUAGCGGAGGCGGUGCAGCGGCUGGCGAGCCAGGACCUGCCGGAGCAGCUGGCGGCGGUGCGGCAGCGGCUACCGGACGUGGCGGCGGCGGCAGCGGCGGAGUGGGAGGAGGCGGCGCGGCGGCUGGAGCCGCAGGUGGCGCGCAUGGGCGAGGUGCUGAUGGGCACCGUCAUGCCGCCCAACAAGGCCAACCGCCGCCGCGCCGCCCUGCGCGGCGCCAGCCUGCACAUCGGCGGCCUCAUUAAGGCGGUCGCCACCGACUGGAACUACAAGAAGAUCUUUUCUGAGCGCUGCCUGGGCAGCAAGCGCGAGUACGCGGUGGCCAUCGCGGUGGACGUGUCGCUGUCCAUGCACGGCCCGCUGGCGGCGUGCGCCAUGGAGGCGCUGGUCACGCUGGUGGCGGCGCUGACGCAGCAGCUGGGGCGCGAGGACUUUGCGCUGCUGGCGUUCGGCAAGGAUGUGCGCCUGGUCAAGCCCGCGGCCGAGCCCUGGGACGGCGCCGCCGCCUUCGCGCUGCUGUCGCAGAUGCGCUUUGACGUGGAGGCGGCGACGCAGGACGCAGCCGCCGUGGACGUGGCGGCGGCGCUGCUGCGCGCGCAGGCUCCGCGCGGCGCGCCCAAGCGGCUGUUCGUGUUGACGGACGGGUACGGCAGCACGGGCACGCAGCUGGCGGCGGCGCUGGCGCGUGCGGAGGAGGCUGGCGUGGAGGUGGUGGGGCUGGCGGUGGGGCUGGAGCGCAGCCACGUGCCGCGCUGCUACUCGCGCUGGGUGCACGCCGCGCUGCCCAGCGAGCUGCCGGAUGCGCUGGAAGCCCUGUACACCAGUGACGAGGCCGCGGCGGGGGCGGGGGCGGGCGGUGAGCAUGGCGAGGAGGGAGACGGCAGUGCGGCAGCAGACGCCGCGGCGGCGGAGUGGGCGGACUAUAGCGCUCUGCUGGCGGGCGGCGAGGACAACGUGGACGCCAUUCUAUCGGAGCAGCAGCGCGUCUUCGGCUCCAUCCUCGACAAGCUUGGCGGUGACAAGGAGCUGAAGCUGCAGCACAACAGCCCGGACGCCAUGUCCUUGGACAUCGCCUUUGUGGUGGACGCCACCGGCUCCAUGUCGGCCUGGCUGGAGGCGGUCAAGGCCAACAUCCGCUCCAUCGCCGCCGACGUGGCGCCGCGCAUCGCGCGCCAGUACCCGGAGCUCAAGCUGGCGCUGCGGCUGGCGCUGCUGGCGUACCGUGACGUGGGCGAGGCGGCGGCGGGGCAGCAGUUCCAGCAGCUGGACUUCACGGAAGACGCCGCGGCGCUGCAGGCGCAGUUGGCGGGUGUGCGCGCGUUUGGCGGCGGUGACGGGCCCGAGGACGUGCUGGGGGCUCUGGACCGCGCCGCCACGCAGCUGAGCUGGGCGUCCAAGGCGCGAUUCAUCGUGCUCAUCGCGGACGCACCCGCGCACGGCCGCGAGUGCAACGACGACCCCGGCGACGCCUACCCCAACGGCGUGCCGGGCGGGCCCAGCCUGGCGCAGGUGAUGGACAAGCUCAAGGACGAGCGGCGCCCCAUUGACCUCAUGCUGUGUAAGGUUCGUAACCACGCGCUGACCAAGAUGGAGGCGGCGAUGCGCAAGCACUACGACAGCCGCCGCGCCAACCGGUCGCUGCGCUCGGUGCAGCUGUUUGACGACAGCAAGAUGCCGGCCACGCGCUUCCACCUGGUGUUCUGCCUGGACGAGAGCGGCAGCAUGGCGGGCAGCAAGUGGGCGGACGUGCUUAGCGCCUACAACCAGAUGCUGGGCCGCCGCCGCGCGGACCAGGGCCUGGGCGACCUGGUCACCGUGGUCACCUUUAGUGACUAUGCACAGACACAGUGCGCCCUCAUGCCCAUCGACAACGCCCCGUCCAGCUUCUCAUUCAGCGGCCGCGGCACAAACUUUGCGCCCGCGCUGCACGCCGCCGAGUCUGCCAUGCAGCGCCAGCCGGCCGACUGCGUGCCGCUGCUGCUGUUCCUCAGUGACGGGGCGAACGCCGACCCCGGGCCCACGGACGCCGCCAUGGCACGCAUUGUGGCCGCCUACGGUGGCCGCACCAACCUGCAGGUGCACACCAUCGGCUUCCAGGCGGGCGGCGGCGAGGCCAUGCUGCGGCACAUGGCGGCGGCGGCGCCCGGCGGCCGCUUCCACUCGUGCCAGAGCGGUGUGGACCUGGCCAGUGCCUUCACCAGCAUCGCGGCGGGCUGCUCGGCGGUGGACGGGCUGGUGCAGCGCUUCGCAGAGAUCCUGUCGGAGCAGAUCUCAAUCAAGAUCAUGCACGACUACCUGUGAGCGGCUGUUCAUUGGUAGAGGGCAUGAGGUAGCGAAUGAGCAGGGAGGAGGAGGAGGAGGUGGCAGCAAAGCGGAGGCGGGAUAGGGAUCAUGCACAACUACCUGUGAGCUGUCAGCUGCUGAUGAGGGUGGGAGGGAGCACGGAUGAGGGCGGGUGCGUGGGGACAGAGGCCUAAGUUUCUACAUGCAUGGCUUAGCAUAGCGUAGCAAGUAGCAACCAAUUGGCAGUCGGGACAGCGGCGGGGCACGUACGCCACGCACGUACGCUGAGGCACGUACGCCUGGCACAGGAUGGGUCGUGGCGUUGGACGAGUGGAUGCAUACAUGGCAUAAGUUUCCAGUUGCAUAGCAUGCGGUAGUGCCGUAUGCUCACAUGAAGCUAUCAUGUGGAGCGUUGUGUGCGCAUUUGACGUUUGCUUGGAGUAACAAAGGCAUGGCGCCGUCUCCAGGGCCAUGGAGCUUUGUGUACAAUAUUCAGGUGGCCGUCGGGCUGCCAGGCGUCGUCAGGCCGCCCACUGUUCGCAAUGAAAGCGGCGCGUUGCAUGUUGAGAAGGUAGCGCAUGAACGCAGGAGGGCGAGAGUACCUGCAGUUGCGCAAGAAGUUGUCCAUUCAGAGCAUGCUGAUUGUUCACGUGUUGUAAGAACAGUAAGAACAAGGAGGACGCAGGUACGGUAUGGUUGAUUGCAGGAGGCAUAGAUGGCGCAUGAGCGUCCUGGCAAGCCUCUUGGGGAAUAAUUGGAAUUGAGUAAAACCGGAGGUCGUGGGCGCAGUUUGCGUGAAUGCAUGCGCCCGUGCGGAAUAAGUUUGUGGCAGGGUUGUCGUUUGCCAUGGCGUGCUGUGCCCUUCCAGACCCAGGAAACGGCGUUGCUCUCUCUUAUGCACCCCAAGUAGUUGCACGUCACGCAAUGGCGGAGCCCGAUGUGAAUAAAGUCCGCAGCAAGUUGUAACGCCCAGCCCGC